AUGGCCGACGGUGGAGGCUGGAGCACCAUCGAGUCUGAUGAAGGCGUGUUCACAUCUCUGAUCGAGAACAUCGGCGUCAAGGGCGUGCAGUUUGAGGAGCUCAUAUCACUCGAUGCCGACACGAUACGCUCGUUGGGCCCCGUCUACGGCGUCAUCUUCCUCUUCAAAUGGAUCGGCGGCCAGUCGCGCGACAGCUCAACGCCGGCCGAUGGAACUUACGACCAACAAGCCGCCACAGACAACGGCCUCUUCUUCGCCGCGCAAACGAUCCAGAACGCAUGCGGUACACAGGCGAUUCUCUCCGUCAUCCUAAACCACGAUUCACCGGCGUCGGGUACGCCAGUACCCAUCGAGAUCGGAAACGAGCUCUCCUCUUUCAAAGCCUUCACACAGGGGUUUCCCGCGGACUUGCUCGGCGAGGCACUGUCCAACUCGGAAGCCAUCCGCACCGCACACAAUGCCUUUGCGCGUGCAAGUCCCUUUGUCGACGAGACGCAGCGCACAUCGCAGGAUGAGGACGGCGAUGUGUACCAUUUCAUUGCAUACACGCCUGUGAAUGGGAAACUGUAUGAGCUUGACGGCCUCCAGCCUUUCCCAAUCAGCCAUGGGGACUGUGACAGCGACAAUUUCCCGGAAAAAGUCAUCGAAGUGCUACAGCGACGAAUCGCGCGGUAUCCCCCCGGCGAAGUACGCUUUAACCUGAUGGCGGCUGUGCGCGACCUCAGACAUCGGGCACAAGAGAUUGGCGAUAUGGAGUUACUCGAGCGAGAGAAUUCCAAGAGAAGAGCCUGGGCAUGGGAGAAUUCGCUGCGACGGUGCAAUUUUGUCGGCUUUAUUGGCGAGACGCUCAAGGGGGUUGUCGACCAAAAAGUGCAGCAGGGGAAGUACGAUGAAUGGGUUGAGACUGCGAAGAAGGAGACUCUACGGAGAGCAGAGGCGAGGAAGGGGCUUUGA